CAAUGUGAAUCUUCAUCAUUCUCCCAUCCGUCUUCCCUCCUCAUCCCGCUCACUCAGGACAAACACACAGCUGCCUCCCAAUAUCUUCCACUCAGCUCCAUCACGCAAAUCACAUACAAAAUGCAGGCCAAGGUUCUCGUCUCCGCCAUGCUGGCCGGCCUCACCGCGGCUCAGACUCUCAACAUCCCCACCCGCAGCGGUUCCAUCGUCUCCCUCUCUGCUCCCAGUGUCAUCUCUGGAAGCAAGGACAUGGGCAACAAGGAGUUUGAUCGUGGUCGCGCCUGUGACACCGACGCCGACACCGGCAGCGACUCCGCCGUCUUCAUUCUCGAGAAUGGCGCCACCCUGAGCAACGUCAUCAUCGGUGUCAACCAGCUGGAGGGCGUCCACUGCAAGGGCGCCUGCACCCUGAAGAACGUCUGGUUCCGCGACGUCUGCGAAGACGCUAUCUCCGCCCUCGGCACUGGUGACGUCCUCAUCCAGGGCGGUGGCGCCCAGAACGCCGCCGACAAGGUCGUCCAGCACAACGGCCGCGGCACCGUCACCAUCGAUGGUUUCACUGUCGUCACCGCCGGCAAGCUCUACCGCGGCUGCGGUGACUGCACCAACAACGGCGGCCCCCGCAACGUCAUCGUCAAGAACGUCAAGGCCAAGAGCGUCAAGGAGCUUGUCGGUAUCAACUCCAACUACGGUGACGUCGCCACUAUCUCCAACACCUGCGGCUCCAGUGUCUCCAAGGUCUGCCAGGAGUACAAGGGUGUCAACAAGGGCUCUGGCGAGAGCAGCAAGGUCAGCACCACUGCCAACUGCAAGGGCCAGACUUCUCUGUCCGCCUGCUAA